AUUCCAAGGCUUCGUAUUUUACUAUUUUAUGUAAAGAGGUACAAUGUCAGUCAUAUACGUUUAACAAUAGUUUGUAUAAACAUAAGUAUUGAAAGGCUAAAAUGGGGGUUUUCUCGCAUUUGUAUUACGUAUUUGUGUACGCUGCCAUCACAACACUUGCCGGUUUUGUUGCAGUUGUGAUAUUACUUCUAAAGUUUACAAAACCAUACCCUACUGUGGAGCGUUUUAAAGAAGAAGAAACAUUUAAUGAUCCCCAAACAAAGUCACGAAAAAGGUUUUAUCAACUUGAACAAUCUGCUGUUGUUCAUUUAAGUGUUAUUGUUCCUGCUUAUAAUGAAGAAGAAAGAUUGCCACCAAUGCUUGAUGAAGCCAUUGAGUUUUUAGAAAAAAGAACCCAACAGCAACCCUCAUACAAGUAUGAAAUCAUUGUUGUAAGUGAUGGAAGUAAAGACAACACAGUUAAUGUUGCUGAAAAGUAUGUUGAGAAAUAUGGCUGUGAAAAAAUAAGAUGUUUGGAAUUAAUAAAAAAUAGGGGUAAAGGUGGUGCUGUUAAACUGGGAAUUUUAAGUUGUAGAGGUUCCUCAAUAUUAUUUGCUGAUGCAGAUGGGGCAUCAAAGUUUGAAGACUUGAAUAAACUUGAAACUGCCCUAAAUGAGUUACUUAAAUGCAAUUCAAAUACAGAAUUAGAACUAACAAGUAAUGGCUUGGCUGUUGUUAUUGGAUCUAGGGCACAUUUAGAAAAGGAAUCACUGGCUAAGAGGAGUCUAUUUAGAAACAUUCUAAUGUAUGGUUUCCAUUUUCUUGUGUGGUUAUUUACUGUCAAAGGUAUAAAAGAUACACAAUGUGGAUUUAAACUAUUUACAAGACAAGCAGCAAGGAAUUGCUUUGGUAGUCUCCAUGUUAAUAGAUGGGCAUUUGAUGCAGAAUUACUUUACAUUGCACAAAAACUAAACAUUCCAAUUGUAGAAAUACCAGUGCGUUGGACUGAAAUAGAUGGUUCUAAAGUAACUCCUGUCUUGUCAUGGAUACAAAUGGGAUGUGAUUUGGCAAUCAUAUGGUUAAAAUAUAAAAUUGGAGCAUGGAAAAUAAAGAGAGCCUAGUAUGAGCACAAUUUAA